AUGACGACCCAGCUGCUGGCCACAGAGCUCGCCAACCUCAUCCAGGAGAGCAAGAGGAAGCACAAUGAUCUGAGACAAGCUGCCGAAAAAGCUCUCGAGGAGCUGAAGGGCAUCCGGGCAGCCAACGAGGCUCAAGCUGCCGCCGAGCUCGCCCAGCGUCCCAACUUUGUCAACCCCUUCAUCAUCGCCUGUGGCACCAGGAACGCCAAAUUCACCUCCAUCGCCAUCGUCUGUCUCCAGAGGCUCAUCGUCGCCUGUGCCCUACCACGGGGCAAGCUGAACCAGGUCCUCGAGGCUUUGCGUGAGGCUACGUCCUCUGGCCUCGAUGUCCAGCUCAAGAUCCUGCAGGCCCUGCCGUCACUACUUCAAAACUAUGCCCAUGAUGUCAGGGGCGACCUCCUGAUCACCAGUCUCAACAUUUGCUUCAUCCUACAGACCAGCAAAAACGCCAUCGUCAACAACACAUCCGCUGCCACCCUGCAGCAGCUCGUCGUUUCCGUCUUUGACAAGGUUGUCUCGGAAGACAGGUCUGUCGCUGGUGAAGUGCCAGUGGGUGAAAAUACCCUCCAGCUGGGCACGGCCGCCCUAGAUGCAUACCGAGUCUUUCACGAUCUCUGUCUCCUAACCGAAAACCGACGCCCCGAGUACCUUCGCUUUGCCGGCCUGCCGCAGACCUUUGGCUUGGAGCUGAUCGAAUCCGUACUGACCAACCACGCCGCCGUCUUCUUGACCCAUCCGGAGCAAGCCUACAUCCUCCGCAGUCGGGUCAUGCCCUUCCUCACCCGCGCCUUGAAGGACAAGCCCAACUUUGCCACCACCGUCCGUCUCCUUCUCGACCACGACACCACCCUGUGGAAACGAUCUCUGUGCAUGGAGGUCUUCCGUGGCAUCUUCGCCGAGCACGCCCUCCUCAGGAGGAUCUUCAUGCUCUACGAUGCCAAGGAAGGCGAGAAGGACAUCCUGAAGACCCUGACAGCCACUUUUGUGCGACUGAGUACCGAGAAGCCCGCCGUCAUUGGUCUUGGCCACCAGUCGACCCUUCCUGUGUCUAACCCGUAUGGCAACCCCAACGCCGCCACCGACCACGCCAUGAUCGAGGCGGGCGGCGUCACCGGAAUCAUCGGCACGUCGGCCGGAACCGAAGGUUCUACCACCGGCAUUAGUGCCCAGUGGAGUACCAUGCGCGUCCCCUGCAUCGACCAGCUAGACAAGACCGAGCCCCCGACGAUCCCCGAGUCGUACAUCUACAGCCUCAUCUUGUCCUGCAUCUCGUCCCUCUCCGAGGGCAUCGCCAAGUUCAUCUUGCCCCUCACCGUCCCUGCGGAAACCCGUAGCCGGAAGCGGGCCGCCAAACAAGCCGCGGAUCGCAACUCGCCGGCCCCUACGCCAGAGGGAUCACCCCGUCCGCUCGGCCCUAAAACUCGGCUCGAGCGGUCGGGGUCGGGAUCGUUCAAGAGGAAUCCUGUACCGCGUAACCCGCUGAAGCUGGAGGAUCACCCCUUGUUCGCUGAGAUCAAGACCUGUGCCUCUAUCGUGGAGGAGUGCUGGCCCGCCUUCCUCGCGACUUGCUCGACCUUCCUCUACGCUGCGCUUGAUUCCGAGUACUACCACGGCCUGGUCAGGGCCUUUCAGAAAUUUGCCCAUGUAGCCGGCCUCCUACAGCUCGCCACCCCCAGAGAUGCCUUCUUGACCACCUUGGGCAAAGCCGCAGUCCCGCCCAACGUCUUCACUGCCUGCCUUAACACGGGCCCUCCCCGGACGCCGAGCGUGGACGCUUCUGCUUCUGCCACCACCCCCGGCAGCCUCUUCAGCAACGCCAAGGGUCUCCUAAGUGUCGAAAGCCUGGUCAACCCAGCAUCCUCGGCCGCCGACGGGAGCCGGCAGCCUUCCUUCGAGGUCGGCGCCGCGGCAUUGACUACGCGAAACCUGCUCUGUCUGCGCGCCCUCCUGAACCUCGGCAUCGCGUUGGGUCCAACCCUCGGUCCGUCAUGGCGCAUCAUUCUAGAAACCCUCCAGCAGGCCGACUUUGUCCUCUAUUCCACCAGCAAGACCGCCGGCAGAACGCCGACCGUCACCAGGGGCCAGGACCCCCAGGCGGAAAGCGAGGCCGACGCGCUUUUGGCCAACUUCGGCUCGGAGACGCGAGCUGUCGAGACGGCAGCUUCUCGCCUGAUUGAGAGCACUGUCGACUUUCCCAACGAGGCUUUCGUUCAAGUGGUGGAAGCUACGUGCGACCUUCUCGACCGGAGGCACGACGACAAGCUCAAGGCCGAGGAGAAGGCCAAGGCCAAGGCCAACGCGAACCGCCCGCAGUCACCACCCUCCGGCGGAAGUGCCGGCGCGUCGCUGAAAGCACCUUCCCCCGGCCCUCACCGCCGACUGAUGAACGUGUCGACUACGGCCGCUGCUGGGCCCAACCAAGAAGACCAAUUCGCCCUUGCCAAGCUGGGCGACGUCGCCACCAUCAACGUCGAGCGUCUUCUCGCCUACCCUCCCGAGGUAUCGGGGUGGGCCACUCUGGUCUCCGAGCUCAUCCGCACUCUCGGCUCGUCCUUGAUGAACGCCUCCGUUCGGUUGAGGGCCGCCGACAUUCUCGUCAAGCUCGUGCUCGAGUUUGUCAACGUUGCCACUUCGCUGGAGGCCGAGCAGCGGGGCACCGUGCAGCUCCAGGCGUCGGAAGCCCUCCGGGAUGCCCUCGUCCCGCUGCUCCGGCGAGAGGAUCGCGAGGCCACCGUGGCCACCCAGACUACCGACGUGGAUGUCCACAAAGCCAUCCUCGAAGGACUCACGACGCUCUUGGAGAACUGCGGCGAGUCCCUUGUCAGCGGCUGGCAGAUUACGUUCGAAAUCAUCGACUCCAUUUUCAAAGGGGGGGAGGGCGUGCCUGGUCGAGAGGACUCCAAGGGGGGCGGAUUAGCGACCCGAUCGCCAAAGCUGGUCAGGUCGUCCUUUAACUCCCUGCGGCUCAUCUGCUCCGACUUUUUGGCGUCUUUGCCCAAUUCCUGCUUUCUCAUUUUGGUUGAUACCCUUUACAAGUUCUGCUCGCAAGACGACGACUUGAACAUGGCAUUGACGACUGUCACGUUCUUCUGGGUGCUGUCAGACUUCCUCUCAGGAAAGAACACGUCGAUGCGUAUCACGUCGCAAAUGAUGGACGGGUCGGAUGCCCUGGCCCUUGCCAAGAGGGCCUCCAAGGGAGAGGAUGACGAGGCAUCCAACGCGGCGCUGUGGAUGCUUCUGCUUCUGCGCCUGACCUCAGUGACAACUGACCGGCGGCUAGAACUCCGGAACAGCGCCGUGCAGACGUUGCUUCGAAUUUUCGAUGCAUAUGGCGACAACCUGGACACCGAGGCGUGGCAUACCUGCGUGAAGCAUGUCAUCUUCUCACUCUUGUCGUCCAUGGAAGAUGAACUUGAAGCUUUGACAGGAGACGAAACCGACGACGAAGAGCGCAAGGCCUGGUACGGUACAUCCGUUCUCGUCCUCGGUGGCAUUUCGGGGCUCUUAGCUUCUUACCUCGAAGUUCUUGCGAAGCACCCGUCCUUCAACUCGCUUUGGCAGGAACUUCUGGGCCAUUUCACGACGCUGCUGGACUUUAACGUGCUCGAUAUCAACACGGCCACCUUCAAGGCUCUGGGCAACAUCUUGAAUCAAAGCCAGCGGGAUGAGAAGUGUGCUGUUGUAUUCGACAACGGGACGGUCACGGCGGUGUGGAGGCUCUGGUCACGCGGCAUACCAGGAGGGCAAGACGGCGGCAGUCGCCGUCGCCGUCGCCCCGAGAAUGCAGACAACCAGGACUGCCUCGUCGCCUACGUCGGCGCGUUCCACGACGUAUACCGACUCGUGGAGGCGGACCUAACCGUGGCGCAUGUUGAUCGGAUGCUCGCGCUGUUUCGCGGAACGCUCCAACGGGCGACGGUGGCGGGAGCGUAUGUCAGCGACGUCGAGAAGGCCACGCCGCUCCAGAACCAGGUCAUGGAAGCCAUCAAGGCCAUCCGAACCGACCUGGCCGGGGUGCCGGCCGUCAUCAUCUCCCAGGUGGCCGAGCUUAUUCGGCUUCCGUUCCAGGGCGAUACGGCGGCCCAGGCCGAACAGGGCAGUACACCUUCGUCGAAGCGGACCUUCGUGGCAAUGUCCAAAGCCAGCAUGGAGAUCCUACGGGACUUGGUCCUCCAGAAGUCGGCAGACCCGGACAUCUACUCCAGCGGGGCGGUUGCCUCGGCACUCUCGGCCCUCGCCCAACCCAUCACCUCGAAAUACGGGUUCGCCGUCGUGGUGACCAGGUCGGCUCAGCCCUGGCGGCUCGCGACGGAGGUGACGCUCGCCGUGCUCGAAGCCGUUCUACCCAAACUCCACACCCUCCACGGCAUCCCCCGGAAUACCGUUCAGGAGAUCUGGGAAACCGUGGUUCGGAUUGCGGACGGCAUCGUCAGCGCCGACAUGGCCUCCUCGGCCUCUUCCGCUGCAGCCAAUAUUGCCGACGACGAAUCUUUCGACAUCUCUUCCUUCCAAACACUCCGCAAACUCAUCACGCCUGCUCUCGGUGCCGAAGUCAUCCCCGACAGAACGCGAAAGUCGUACGCGGAAAGCCUCUUCCGGACAUGCAUCAUCCAUGCGCCGCCUCCCAGCGAACAAGCCACCCUCAUAUACGGAAACAACUCGGACGGCGGCGCAGGUCUCGCAGCUCUGUACAAGUCCAGGCCGGGCCGCACCGUGGAUCCACUCCCGACACGCCGCGCGAAGAUGAGCUACGUCUGUCUCGACGAGCUCUUCGCGCUCAUAGCACUCCAAGACGAAGAAGCCGACGGUACAUGUAGCGAAGAUCCGGGCGAUGACAUGAAGCAGGCCCUGGCCCUCCGCGUCCGCAUGGCGCGGGUAGCGGCCCCCUUGGUCAUCCUCCGCGCCGGGCUAACGCUCCGCGGCUUCAUAGCGGACCAGCCCCUCCGCGGCCGCAUGCCGCAGCCGCUAUCGCAGCGCCGCGAGCUGCUGCAUGUGCUGCGCGCGCUGGUCGACUUGCGCAGCCGGCCUGAGGCGAUCCCGGACGCGCCGAAUGUGGACUGCGAAUCGCGCAAGCACUUGUUAAGGCUGUACCCUUUGCUGGUCCAGACUGUGCGGGUCGCGGGCGCGGCGGGGGAUGAGGGUGUUUUGGCGGUUGGGACGGAGGCGUUGGGUGUUGUGGGGUGUGAGUUGGGGGUGUGA